UGGCUUCUCCUUGAAACUCGUUCUAGUGUGUGAUUGUUUGUUGUUGUAACUCGUUCUUCUUCUUUUGUUGUUCUGUGUUUGUGUUUGUUUUUUCUCUCACCUGAAAAUGUCUUGCUGCGGUGGUAACUGUGGUUGCGGAAGCUCCUGCAAGUGCGGCAACGGCUGCGGAGGCUGCAAGAUGUACCCAGACUUGAGCUACACUGAGUCAACCACCACCGAGACCUUGGUCAUGGGAGUGGCACCUGUUAAGGCUCAAUUUGAGGGUGCUGAAAUGGGUGUGCCCGCUGAGAACGAUGGCUGCAAAUGUGGACCAAACUGCUCCUGCAACCCCUGCACUUGCAAGUGAGGUGUUGGGAGAGCAAGCUUCAAGCAGAGAUAGCCCUUAAUUAGGAAUAAUGAUAAACUAUUAAUGUGUAGCUAAAAACUUAUGUAUUAUGUCUGUGAUGGUUUUCGUGCACUCUGGUGUUUUGUGUUAAACAAACAUCCUUAGAAUAAAGUGGUCAUGUCUUGCCUUUCAGCAAGUUCAAGUGUUUUGGACUUGUGAUGGGUGUGUUAAGCUCAUGGUUGCUUCUUUUUUUUUUUUUUUUUAAUGUUUGGUAAUUGGUCGCUUCUGUAUAAAGUUCGGCUAAUCUGAAUUAUGAAUCUCUGCUUAUAAUAUUAAAUACUAUUACUGGAAGAAAGUGGCUA